CUCCUCCUCGUCCUCCGGGCCCGGGCCGGAGCCGGAGCGUCCACCGGCCGACAGGACGGGCCCGGCGCGGCCCAGGAACAACGGGGAAAAUGUGUUUUCUGGCCAGUCAAAAAUCUAUUCCUAUAUGAGUUCCAGCAAGUCGCCUGGAGCUCGUCCACCACUUCAAGAGGAAAACUCAGUCACACAUCAUGAAAUCAAAUGCCCGGGGAAGGCAUCAAAUGAAAUGUUUAAAAAAGAAGAAGAGAAAAGAAAUCUCAGUAGUACCUUAGAGGGACCUGUGAAAUUAGAAGAACAGAAAGAAAAAGAAACGAAAGGUGCUUCUCAAGAGUCGUUACAUAAUCAAAAACUAGAAACUGCAGAGACGCUGAAAAAUAUGGUGCCGCCCUCCGGAUCUGUUGUUGUAGUCAAUGCCAAGCAAGCUCUGAAAAAGCCAGUCAAAGCUAAUCAGGCAUCAAGGAGAAAAGUGCAAGGGAAAACGCAACAGAACCGCAAAGUUACAGAUUAUUAUCCUGUUAGAAGAAGCUCCAGGAAAAGUAAAGCAGAGUUGCAGUCUGAAGAAAAGAAGAAAAUAGAUGAAUUGAUUGAAAGUGGAAAGGAAGAAGGAAUGAAGAUUGAUUUCAUUGAUGGCAAAGGCAGGGGGGUAAUCGCCACAAAACAAUUCGCUCGAGGAGAAUUUGUGGUGGAAUAUCACGGGGAUCUCAUAGAGAUCACUGACGCCAAGAAACGAGAGGCUCUGUACGCUCAAGACCCAUCCACAGGCUGCUAUAUGUACUAUUUCCAGUACCUGAGCAAAACCUUUUGCGUGGAUGCCACCAGAGAGACAAAUCGCCUAGGAAGACUAAUCAAUCACAGCAAAUGCGGCAAUUGCCAAACCAAACUUCAUGACAUAGACGGUGUACCUCAUCUCAUACUAAUUGCCUCGAGAGACAUUAAAGCUGGCGAAGAACUGCUGUAUGAUUACGGUGACCGGAGCAGAGCUUCCAUUGAAGCUUAUCCGUGGCUGAAACACUAAUUUAUGCUUCCGGACUAAGCACCCUCAAAGGGGACAGAAUGGCGGAUUUCUUUUUUACACCUAGCCUUAGUGAAUUGCUUCUGAAGUUUUUAAAGUACAUUCAAAAUGCCUUUUCACUCUAUUUAAAUAUCUGUUGCAGGUCUCCUGGAAGGCUUGAAACAGAUGGUCUUAGAUUACCUAAAAUUUUAUAUUUUUGGUUGUUUUGUACAUUUUGCUUACGGAUGAGUCUGGGCUUCCCACACGUGCACGCAAGGACUCGGGGCAGGCUUUAAACCAGGAAAUAGAUAUGCAAUUGGACUGCCUCCAUUCAUGUAGCAAUGGAUUUUUCCAACCCACCUUAGGGAAUGGGAAGUCACUGGGAGUAUGAGGAGGAAACUGCCUCUUCGGAUGAGACCCUCCCAACCUCUCCUGCCCCCCGACUUCCUGCAUCGGUAGCAACUUGCCGGGUUGAAAAAUUUCUCAUCGGGUCAGUGAUCCCCUUUGAUUUUUUUGAAAGCUUAAUCGUCCCGCGUCACGGGGAAGAUUUACUGUGCUCUUCUCUCAUCGUGUUCAAUGCUAGGUUUUGGCUGCCAGGCACCAAGACCACCAGCUGGAAGAUUUUGAUGUCAAAAUUGCACCUCCCGCCUUUCCCUGGGAGCGGGACUUCUUCCACCUGGGACGAUUCUUCUAGAAAUGUGAACCCUGAAUUUAUAAAGCUUCUAUGUCUGAAUCAAUAAGUGAAUGAAAUUACUGUGUUUUUGUAGAUGAGAUGGUACUCUAUUCUUAUGCAGCAGCCGAAAUAAAAGCUUUCCAGCAGGACCAGAAAUCACUCGCCCUAACUGAUUCGGCCAGUUUGGGAACAUCCGCGUUCACUACAGCUGGAUCUUGUGGCAAACCUAGGAAGGUACCUGUUGUUGAUUCUGAAGAUGCAGGCUUCAACAGCACAUCCACCACCAAGGGUGACCGGUGAUUCAGGGACUUGGACUCUCAUUGGAGUACGGGUGCAUCCUGUGUUUUUAAGGCACUUGGCAGGGGCUGUAGGCAUUAAGACUUUCUGGAUGGCUACAGAUCUUCAAGCUGGCCGGGGUCUGGCUUCUUUCUUCCACCUCUGAGCCUAGUGUGAGGGGAGAUUCUCAGCACAAAGGAAUUAUCUUAAGAGUCCAGGACCAGUGGGCUAUCAGUGAAAGUUGGUCCUGCAAGGAAAAUCCAACUGAAAAGCGGAGGUGGCUCUGAACUCGUCCUUUUGCUUCCUCUCUGUUCUGAUCGGGCUACCUCAGGAAACCUUUUCUGCAGCCUGCCUAAUUCUCACCUAAAUGGCCAAUCAGAUGGGAAUGUGGAGAUGUGAGCUAUGUCUGGGCAAUACUUGUUUGUGGUUUAGCCUUAUAUUUUAAAAACAAACUUGAAAAAUAUUUGUGAGUGUAAAAAAAAAUAAAUAUUUAUUGCUGAGUUA